CAAGAUGUCAAUUCAUAACAAAUAUUUUAUCCAUUAUUUGUCUUUAAAUCUUUAAAUGUAACGUUCCAAAAAUCUAUUAAUCUUCAAGGGUCCUCCUUCGCCAACCUUUAAACUCGUGAAGGCAAAGGCACGAACGACAUCGUUUCCGCAAGUAGCAUAGGCCAUGGAGCCAACAAACCACCACCACAACUCCGCCGCGUCCUCACCGCCCGCACGGCGGUCAAUUUGCCCUAAUUGCACCCGUCCCCAACCAGUCUGCCUAUGCAAAUUCCUUCCAUCUCCACCAAUCGCAACCAAAACACAAAUCAUUAUCCUUCAACAUCCUCACGAGGCACAACACAAGCUCUCCACCACACCGAUUCUCACCAAAUGCCUCUUAAACGCAACCACCAUCGUCAAUCGCCGCCUCAAGCCCGGCCUCUCCGAUCUCCUCGACCGAUCGCCUACCGCCGUCUACCUCUUCCCGCCGACGCCUCACUCCUCGCCGCCAAUCAACAUCUCGGAACUCGACCUAACCUCCUCAUCCUCGCCGGAUUCCAAUCUGGUUCUGAUAGCGUUCGACGGGACGUGGAAGCACGCGAAGGAGAUGGUGCGAUCGAGCGAGGAGUUUCUAUCGAGAUUCGCGAGGAGAAUUUGCUUGGAUUUCGACGAGAGCGUCGAUGGCGGAAGCAUUUUUGAUUCGGAGUUGAUUCUGAGGAAGGAGCCGCACGGCGGUUGCGUUAGCACGAUGGAGGCAGUGGCGAGAUGCUUGAGAGUGAUGGAGGCGGAUGGGGCGGAGAUUGAGGUGAGAUUGAUCGGAGUUUUGAGGGAAAUGGUUAGGUUACAGGCUGGGUUCCUGAAGCCCAUGAACCCUAGGCCCAAAUUGCUGAAGACGAAGAAGAAGACGAAGAACAAGAGCGAAAGGGAGGAUGAAAUUAGAUGAAUCUUUAACAUUAUCAUUUUAGUCCCUUAAUUCGAGUUUUAUUCCAUUUUUGUCUCUAUAUUUCUUUUUAUUUAAUAUUAGU